AUGCUGCUCGCGCUCUCAGCCGCGCUCGCCUCCUCGGCAGAAGCUCCUGUGCCGGACGUGCACAUCCACACACCCCUCCUCCGGUCGAGCAAGCUCUCCGAGCGCGUCGGCGGCCCCGUCUACCUCAAGAUGGACGCGCUGCAGCCCGGCGGGUCCUUCAAGGCGCGUGGCAUCGGCCGGCUCUGCACGCACCUCGUGCGUGAGCGGGGAGUCACGCGCCUAGUCUCGUCCUCCUGCGCGAAUGCGGGCAUGGCUGUCGCAGUCGCUGGCCGGGCGCUCGGCGUGGCCACCACGAUUGUCGCGUCGGACGUCGACCGCGGCUGCCGGCUGCUGGAGAGCUUCCGGAGGCUCGGCGCGGAGGUGCUACUGGAAGGGAAGGAGUGGAACGACGCCGACGCGCGCGCACGCGCACUCGGGGACGAGCCCGCAUCCGCGUACGUGCCAAUGUUUGACCACCCUCUCAUCGUCGACGGCCACUCGAGCCUGGACCGCAACGGCGAGCCGCCCGGCUGCAUCGUCCUCUCGGUGGGCGGAGGAGGGCUGCUGAGCGGCGUCUGCGAAGGGCUCAAGAGAGUGGGCUGGGGGUCGGUGCCAGUGUAUGCGUGCCAGUCGGAGCGCUGCAACCUGCUGGACCGGGCGAUGGCCAGCGGGCGGACGCCGACGCCGACGCACAUCUACUCCGCCGACGGGCACGACCUCGGCACGCGGGCAGUCGCGCAGGCGGCCCUCGACUGCAGCGCGGAGCUGGACGUGCGCUCGCUGCUCGUGAGCGACCGCGCGACUCUCGCCGCGGUGGGCGAGUUUCUCGACGACGAGCGAGUGAUGGUCGAACCCCUGUGCGCCGUCGCCCUCGCGGCGCUCUACACUCGGCCGGAGCUCUUCCGGCAGCACGGCUCGGUCGUGGUGGUGGUGUGCGGCGGCAGCCUCUGCUCGCUCGACGACGUGGUGGCGUGGCGGCGGCGGGCGGAGCGCGGUUUGGCGGCGACGAGCGACGACGAUGAGCCCGGUCAUGGACAUGGUGAGAGUUAG